AUGGCCGGGCAGGGCGGGAGCAGCGCUGGAGGCCGCGGCGUUGUGAUUUCAGACAAUUGGCCUGGAUACAGUCUGGAUUUGUUCACUUACCCUCAGCACUACUAUGGUGACCUGGAAUAUGUGCUCAUUCCUCAUGGCAUUAUUGUUGACAGGACAGAACGACUGGCGAAAGAUAUUAUGCAAGACAUCGGAGACAAUGAUAUUGUGGUUCUCUGUGUCCUCAAAGGUGGCUACAAGUUCUGUGCUGAUCUUGUGGAGCACAUUAAAAAUCUUAGCAGAAAUUCAGAAAGGUUCAUCUCCAUGAAAGUCGAUUUUGUUAGACUGAAAAGUUACCACAAUGAUCAGUCUAUGCAAGAUAUGCAGAUAAUUGGAGGAGAUGAUCUUUCAAAGCUGACUGGCAAGAAUGUUCUAAUUGUGGAGGAUAUUGUUGGAACUGGAAGGACCAUGAAGGUUCUGCUUAACAAUAUAGAAAAAUACAAGCCAAAAAUGAUUAAAGUGGCCAGUUUGUUGGUGAAAAGAACAUCUCGGCCUGACGGGUACAGACCAGAUUAUUACGGAUUUGAAAUUCCAGAUCUAUUUGUGGUAGGUUAUGCCUUAGACUACAAUGAGCACUUCAGAGAUUUAAACCACAUAUGUGUUAUCAAUGAUCAUGGCAAAACAAAAUACAGAGUCUGAAGCAGUAACAUCCACACCUGAAUAUUUCUGUGAAGCAGAAAUUUGACUAGACUCCCUCAAGCAUCUCCCAGAAAAGCAAUUUAACUGGCUUGUAUGUCUUUCAACCCAGUAUAAUAAGGGCUUUACUCUAGAGAUGCUGAUGAAUAUUUACAGAAGUGAGAGGUCUUAUCUAAAAUGUGAAGCAUAGGACUUUUACAGUUACUACCUUUAUUAAGUAUUGAAAUUAAAACCUAAGAUGCCUUUUGAUUAAUAACUUGUCUGCCUCAGAUCACAUUGUGAACACACUUAUUCUUUGCUCAAUUCUUCAUUCCACCUAUUGCAAUUCAUGUACUUCACUGUGUUGCACAAGAUAGUUCAAAAGUGCCAUUCUGUGCAUGAGGAUUAUUUUACAAGAUUUUACUGACUUCAUCAUGUGAAAUUGAAAGCAUUUUUUUGACUUAAUUCCACAAUUCAAAAGUUUCAGUGGAAGUUUUGUGUUGUUUUGCAGUUCAUUACCCACUCUUCAAAACAAAAUUUUGGCUCUCAGAAUAUGCUGAAUUAGAGUGCAGGUCAAAAUGAACCUUUGCAAGACACUGUUGGUCCAAAAUUGGAAGAUAUCAUGAUUCUGGUAUGUCAUGUACCCAUAGAUCUGACCUGUUUAGUGUGCUGAAUUUUAAUCAAGACAAACCAAUGCCAGGUAGGUUUGAAUUUCUGCAUGGUAUCCCUUUCUUCUCUAGGACACAAACAAGUAUAAACAUUAACUGUGUUCUCCUGAGCUUAUAUUCUUAACUA